GGGUGCCGGGAGCUGUAGUUCCCCCCCUCAUCCCCUCCCGCCCCAGCUAUGGAGGUGCCGGCGGCCGCGGAGCGCAACAAGGGCCCGAUCCUGGCGGUGCUGCGGGAGUGCGCGGGGGGCGCUGCCCACGCGGGGGCGGCGCUGCGGGUGCUGGAGGUGGGCGCGGGCGCGGGGCUCCACGCCGCGCACUUCGCCCGCGCCCUCCCGCACACGCGCUGGCAGCCCUCGGACAUCGACCCGCGGGCCCUGCGCAGCAUCUCUGCCUACGUGGAGGCCACGGGGCUGCCCAACCUGCUGCCCCCCAUCGUGGUGGACGUCUCGCAGGGCUGGGAGGCGUGGGGGGGCACCCAGCCCGCCACCCUCGACCUCCUUGUCAGCAUCAACAUGAUGCACAUCGCGGAGCUGCGCUGCACCGAGGGUCUGUUCAAAGGUGCUGGGGUGCUGCUGAAGCCUGGAGGAGUGCUCUUCACCUACGGGCCCUACGCCGUGGACGGACAGAUCAGUCCCCAAAGCAACGUGGACUUUGACCACAGCCUGAGGCAGAGAAAUCCCGCCUGGGGCCUGCGGGACACGGCGCUGCUGCGGGAACUGGCCGAGGCCAACGGGCUGCGCCUGGAGAGGAUGGUGGACAUGCCGGCCAACAACAAGAGCCUGAUCUUCCGCAAGCUGUGACUGCCCCAACCUCCGACACGUCCCGGCACUGCUGCCCCCAGCGCUGCCUCCUCCAGGGGUCCCAGCGUCCCCCCCCAGGUGCCACCUG